AUCCACCAUGGGACACCAUCACGGUGCUCCAUCUACAGCCUUCAACAACGCAGGAAAGGUAUCUAUUACCACUCCGACCUAUCCGCUACUUUCAUAUGUAUAUGUACCGUUCGCGGUCAUUCUCAGCAACUCUCCGAGUCGCAAGUAGUCCAGCAACGCUGGAACUGGAAGACUCCACACAGAUACCAUGCAUAUUCAUGACGCCCUCAUCAUCGGCGCUGGACCAUGCGGUCUCGCAAUUGCCGCUCGAUUGCGCGAGCACACUCCCUCUGCGACCUUCACAGACGACGAGCACCAACGGUACCACUGGAUCCGCAAGCAUGGCCGCAAGAUGAAUAUCAAGGACCACCGGACGAAGAAAGAUUCUCUUCACUCCCCUACCUCAACUCCAUGUAGCUCAGACUCUGGCCCCGCAUCCCCGUCCCACCAGAAAGACGGCGGCAUCGACAUGCUCGUCCUCGACGCUGACGGCGCAGACUGGCUCACGAAGUGGAACCGGCUCUUCCGCACCUUCUCCAUCUCGCACCUCCGCAGCCCCAUGUUCUUCCACGUUGACCCGGUAGACCGCGACGCCCUUCUAGGAUACGCCUACGAGCAUCAGCGGGAGAGCGAGCUGGAAGCUCUUCCUGGCUGCGCCGGGAAAGAAGUUAGCAAGCACAAGAAGAAGAAGAAGCGAAUAAACGCACGGGGUAGAUUCAUGCAGGCGACUCCAGACAUCGAUGAGCGGGACAGGAAAGAUUAUUUUACGCCGAGUCGGGAGGUGUUUGGGGACCAUUGCGAAGAAGUCACCAGGAGGUAUGGGCUGAGAAGGGAGAUGGUUAGGCAAGAGAAGGCUGUGGAUAUUGAGCACCAGUAUGCCAGUGUGUUCGAGGACGCUGAGGGAGGUAUUUCCGGCGGUGCUAAGGACGAGGACGGGAAGAUUUUUCGUGUCAUCACUGACGAGGGAAUUCGCUACGCACACAUCGUUGUAUUGGCCGUCGGUCCGGGAAAUGCACCUUCCAUACCCGAAUGCCUUGGGCUAUCCACCGCAUCCGCACACGAAGGCUACUGCCACGCCAUGCAGAUCAAGCAGUUUCCACCACCCCACGUCUUAGAGAGGAUCAAUAGGAAGGUUCCCACACAUAUGCUCAUUAUCGGCGGUGGUCUGACCAGCAUCCAACUCGCAGACUUGGCGCUCAAACGCGGAGUAAGCAAGGUAUGGUUGCUAAUGCGCGGGGGAGUAAAAGUGAAGUACUUCGACGUCGAUCUGGAGUGGGUGGGCAAGUUUCGGAACUACAACCAAGCCACGUUUUGGUCAGCGGAUACAGAUGAAGAGCGUUUUGAGAUGCUUCUUCAAGCCCGGAAUGGAGGCAGCAUGACGCCGCGAUACCGGAAGAUCCUAGAUGCCCAUGUUGCUAGUGGAAAGAUCUCACUGCACACGCACACCACGCUGGCAUCAGUAAGCUGGGACGCCACGGCGCGGACUUGGACUUCCAUUACCACUUCCCCUCCAAUUCCACUCCCACCCAUCCACUACAUCGUCUUCGCAACAGGUGUCCAAUCGAACAUCGAUUCCAUCCCCUUUCUCCAAACACUGCAAAAACAGUACCCGAUUCCCUGCAUCGGCGGCCUGCCCUGCUUGAACGACGACCUCAUGUGGUGCGACGAAGUGCCGCUGUUCGUUACCGGGAGGCUGGCGGGGCUAAGAUUGGGACCAGGGGCGCCGAACCUAGUGGGUGCGAGGGUGGGUGCGGAGAGGAUCGCCUGGAAUGUGGAUGACCUGCUUCGCAAACUGGGUCGCUCGAGCGAGAGAGCGGAUACAGGCGCAUUGAGUGAGGAAAGCGAGGACGAGAAAUUAGGCGCCUAUGCAUCAGGCCGAAGUAACCGGUUCGAUAGCCUCGUCGACAUCUCCUGCCAGUGAGGGCCAGUCCAUUCCGAUAUCCUAGAUACGUACUCCGGGCCUACUCUACCAUAUAUCAAAUGCAAUCCUAUUCUAGUAUGGCAAUGUUCUCGAAAAUGCGGGGGUGUACGUAUUGAUUUGUUCCUCGUGUUCGGGAUGAAGCGAUUCGUCCGCUGAAUCCGACAACCUGGCC